AAGUAAAGUUUUUUUUUUUUCUGGUGUGGCUGAUCAUUUAAAGUUUUUUUUUUAUUUAUCAUUCUUUUUCAAUUCUAAAAAAUUGCAGUAAAUGGACUGGAAGGAUUUAUUUGGUAGUGACGAUGACAAUGAUUCGUGCAUUGAUAACGGGAUUACUACAUUCGAAGACAUUCCAGGGUUAUGCUUAAUUCGAAAAGCUCUUGGGCAUGAAGCUCAAAUGAGCAUGACACACGAGAUAAUCCAACGAGGCUAUUUUACCGGUGACAAUAACCAAGCCAUGUGUUUUGGAGAGUUACCUGCUUAUCUUAGUCAGAUAAGUAAUUUGGUGCUCCAUACAUAUCCAAGUUUGUUUGAUACGCAAAUUUUAAAUCGAGAGCCCUUAUUCGAUCAAGCCAUUUUAAACCUGUAUAAAAAAGGUCAGGGUAUAUGUAGUCAUGUUGAUUUAUUAAGAUUUGAGGAUGGCAUUUUAAUCUUAUCUUUACUAUCGUCAUGCGUCAUGACUAUGAAACGUGCAUCUGAUAAUGUUACCAAGAGAAUACUAUUAUGUCCUGGCGACAUCCUGUCUCUUUCACGUGAUGCUAGGUUCCUCUGGGAGCAUGGGAUUGAGGAGCAGUUAUCUGAUCAAAUAGACGAUCAAACGAUCGAACGAGGUACACGGAUUAGUGUCACCUUGCGAAAAUUGAAAAAUCCAGGAACAAUAGAAACCAUGGCAACCUCAUCCAACAGAUAUUGAAUGUCCGUGUUUUUACCUUUCUUUCAUGCCGUUCUCUCUUUUUGUCGGUGAAAUAGAGCCGCUGUUGGAUAAAUAUCGGCCCCCCUUCUAUUUUUUUUUUUUUUGUUGAUAGUGACGUUUUAAUUUAAAACUCAUAUAUAAAUCCGUCCUUUUUUUUUCAUGUGUAUGCUUUCUCCCC